UCCUGACAACCUCCGAUCUGCUGUUAGGAAAUUGAGAAAAAUAAUUUCCACUGGGACCAUCCACCUUUUCAGUCAUGAAUUUGUGGAUAAAGUGAUAGCCCUUCAGGACAGCCACAGCACUCCACAGGUCUUAACAUUGGCAGCAGCCAGAAGUGCUUCAGACUCCAUUCUUUCAAGGCUGAAAUGGGGAAAGGAACAAUGUGCCAUAUCCAGGAAGCUCUCCUCUCAGUUUCUCCAGAUAUUUGUUGAAGAGACAGUGAAGGGCUUCCUAAAACAGUGGUUAGAUGAGUAUGAAAAUAUCAACAUUGAUGUUUCAGUCCAGAAUGAACCAAGCACCUCUACUUGCAUGGUCUUUCCUAUUCAGCUCAAUCAGAGCAAGCCAGAUGAUAGUGACACAAUGAAUCAGCUCACGAAGGUCAUGGUCAACAAAAUUAUGGAUGCCUUAUCAGUUGGCUCAAGUCAUCAAAUGAUCACCAAAGCCAAUGCCAAAUGUUCUUUUGAGUCCGGUACCAGCAUGGCCACCAGUGACAUUGUAGAAGGGAUGUUGGAUUUGGUAAGGGAUAGCACCAGCAGUACUGGAGAGCAGAUCCCCAUCUUCAAGUCCAAGAAAAGCAAGAAAACCAUGUUCAGCAAGAUAUGCUUUAACAUAAAGGGUUCCAAGAAAGUUAGAAAGGACCACUGUCCUCAAAAGUCUAUGGAGUACCAGCCGCAGAACACUUCCCCUACUGUGUACUUUACAGAGUCGAGGACAAAUUCUCAUGGCUCCUUUGCUCCAGAGGGAAAUGACAUCGCAUAUUCCUUCCCACCUGAAGAGAAGAGUCGCAAACCCUCCCUUUUCACCAGAAUGUAUAGAGCCAUCACUAGAAGCUUCUCCAACCUAAGAUAAUUUUCCUCAUUAAAUUAGAUUGCAUUCAUUUGUUGUCAUAUAUUGACUGUUUUGCUAGCACAGACUGUAAUAUGUUCUGAGAUUCAUCCACAUGCAUUGAGGAGUAUACCACCUCAGUCACAGACUACAUCAAUAAGCGGAUCGACAACGUCGUGCCCACAGUGACCGUAUGUACAUAUCACCGACAGAAGCCAUGGAUUACAGGCAACAUCCACACCACGCUAAAGGCUAGAGCUGCUUCUUUCAAGGAGCGGGACACUAAUCCAGACACUUAUAUGAAAUCCUGCUAUGCCCUCAGACUAACCAUCAAACAGGCAAAGACUAUAUCUAUAAGCCUCAUCCAAAGGAACGAAAUUCUAAGUCGUCCGCAUUGUUUCAGGCAUCAUCCGUUCCAAAGUCUCAUCUUGUUCACUGUAAAAAAUAAAAAUAAAAACUCAAAUAAGAGUUCCUUUUUGGACAAUUCCAGGUUGUCCCUCCUUGUUUCAGUAUGUUUAAUCUGCCUAAUGACCAGGAUCCUGGUGUCUACCCAAUGUGCUGAGCACUCCUCCUGGACAGAGUCCGCGCUACAUUCAGCUGCUGCAACCAUGGUCUCUGUGUGAAGGCACUGUUAGAGAGUCAAUCAACCAGAACAAGGUUAGGAGACCAAAUCUGUGUCCUAGCAUUGUGAAAUACUGUAUAUGUAAUGGCCUCAAUACAUUAAUGAAACGCCCUUACAUUCUAUCCUCUCCCCAUACUGAAACAACUUGUUAGGGUGAACCAAUAAGACUGACACUAUAUACCUUCUAAGCAUGAUAGUUGGCUCAUGAUUUGUUUCAGGACUUGUUAGGGUAAACCUAUAACAGCUUCUAACCCCAAGUCAUAAGACUGCUGAACAAUUAAUCAAAUGGCCACCGGACAAGUUCAACUGUUUUAUUAUUUGUUACUUUAGUUUAUUGGUUAAAUAUUCUCUUAACUCUUCUUGAACUGCACUGUUUGUUAAGGGCUUGUAAGUAAAGUAUUUCACGGAAAGAUCUACACUUGUUGUAUUCAGCGCAUGUGACAAAUAAAGUUUGAUUUGAUUUGACUAUGUACCUUCUAAGCAUGAUGGUUGGCUCAUGAUUUGUUUGUACUGAAAUCUAUUCAGGGAGGAUAAGGCUAUAUCAUAGGCAGUGAUGUAGUGGUAAAAACAUUGACUGGUAAAUGCUGAUUGCCGUUCAGGAUUAAAGAAGUAACGCUCCCUCUACUUUCAAUGCAUCUUCCACAAAAGGUGGGUAAAUGCUUGCACAAAA